UUUGACCACAUCCUAACUAAGUGUGAUGCCCCAGGCCAAGCCUUUGUCUGGAGCCUGACACGCAACCUCUGGCUCUCUGCCUACCCCGAUUGGUACGCUGUAACCACUCAUCUUAUCUUAGGAUGCGGCGCUACUGUACUACCCUCAGCUAACAAUAAACCAGACUCUGGAGCAUCACGCCUCUAUUGCAUCCUCCUCUCUGAGACGGCCUACCUAAUUUGGAAGCUGUGCUGCAAAUGA